GAACACAUGUAACUAUUACGAUAUGUUGACAUUUUGACACAUAAAAUAGAAUCCCCGGUGUCCAAAUGGGGACCAUCAACGCUCCAAUUCAAAAGAAUGCCAAUAAAACGCGUACAAAUUCACGUACAAAGAACCAAACGAAUAAGCUACGCCAAUUCUACUCGAAAUAUGUAAAUUUGGAGUAUGCCAAGUCAUUACUGUUCGACGCAUCACAAUUGCAUAUCGUUUCCAUUGGAAUUCUCUUUGUUGAGCUGGUUCUCAAUGUUUUGGUGGUACAAAAAGCUGGAUACACCGAAAUCGACUGGAAAGCGUACAUGCAAGAAUGUGAAGGAUUUCUCAAUGGAACCACCGAUUAUGGACAGCUUAAAGGCGAUACUGGCCCUUUGGUGUAUCCAGCUGGUUUUGUGUACAUCUACUCGCUGUUAUAUUUCGUAACAUCACAAGGACAAAACAUUAAACUGGCCCAGUACAUUUUCGUCGGGAUCUACUUACUUCAAAUGUACUUAGUGUUACGGAUUUACACUAAGACGCGAAAAGUACCGCCGUAUGUGUUAAUAUUCAGUGCCUUCACUUCGUAUCGCAUCCAUUCAAUUUACGUGCUGCGUUUAUUCAACGAUCCGAUUGCAAUUUUGCUACUGUACAUAGCGUUGAACUUCUUUCUGGAUAGCAAAUGGACAUUGGGCAGUGUAUUCUUCAGUCUGGGCGUUUCUGUUAAAAUGAAUGUCCUACUGUUUGCUCCUGCCAUUUUAAUGUUUUACCUGACCAAUUUGGGCUACAUUAAAACAAUGGUUCAGUUGAUUGUGUGCGGUGUCGUUCAACUGAUCCUGGGCGCUCCAUUUUUGGCAACCUAUCCGGUCAAUUACAUCAAAGGGAGUUUCGACAUCGGACGUGUGUUCGAACACAAAUGGACCGUCAAUUACCGAUUUCUGAGCCGAUACUUUUUCGAACACAAAUAUUUUCAUCUUGGACUGUUGAUCAUCCAUCUGAUGUUGUUGGCGGUGUUCGUUCGACCUUGUUUCAAAUAUAUGCAGAGCUACACUCGCUUGAGAAUGUUGGAGAAGCAAUUCCAGCCGCAGAUUGAUAAGAAAAAUGCCGAAUUGAAGCAGAACGUGGGUAAAAAGGCCAAAGUCGAAGACGAUGAAGACGAUUUAAGUGUCGAGCAACAGAAAUUCCUUGCCUCGUUUGAAAAGUCAAUGCAAAAUGCUUCCGGAAAAAAACCAGUUAAGAACAAGACAAACGAUGACGAAACACCGGACCGAUACGAGAUAUUCUUUGAAAAGGCAACACAAUUGGUUGUUCUUCCAAUAUUUUUAUCAAACUUCAUCGGAAUAAUAUGCGCUCGAAGCUUGCAUUAUCAAUUUUAUGUUUGGUACUUCCAUAGCUUGCCAUAUCUUGCCUGGUUUACGGAAUUCGAUGUUACAGUUAAGUUUUUAUUGCUAGGAUUUAUUGAAUUGGCAUGGAAUACGUAUCCAAGCACUGACUUCUCCAGUGGCGUACUACAUGCAUGCCAUUUAGUUUUGUUGUUUGGUAUAGGGAAACAUUUGUUCAAGAGGCAAGAGUCUGAGAAAAUUAAAAAGUAGUUGACCAAAGA